AUGGGUGACAAUGAGUCUGAUUGGUACCAGGCUGUAACCAGAUUCAAACCCAAGCCUGGUGAGUAUGAGGCUGUCACCAGGUUCAAACCCAAGCCUGGUGGGUACGAGGCUGUCACCAGGUUCAAACCCACACCUGGUGGGUACAAGGCUGACACCAGGUUCAAACCCAAUCCCGGUGGGAACGAGGCAGUCACCAGGUUCAAACCCACGCCUGAUGGGAACGAGGCAGUCACCAGGUUCAAACCCAAUCCCGGUGGGAAGGAGGCAGUCAACAGGUUCAAACCCAAUCCCGGUGGGAAGGAGGCUGUCACCAGGUUCAAACCCAAGCCUGGUGGGAACGAGGCUGUCACCAGGUUCAAACCCAAGCCUAGUGGGUACAAGGCUGUCACCAGGUUCAAACUCAAUCCCGGUGGGAAGGAGGCUGUCACCAGGUUCAAACUCAAUCCCGGUGGGUACGAGGCUGUCACCAGGUUCAAACUCAUGCCUGGUGGGUACAAGGCUGUCACCAGGUUCAAACCCAAGCCAAGUGGGUACAAGGCUGUCACCAGGUUCAAACCCAAGCCUGGUGGGUACAAGGCUGUCACCAGGUUCAAACUCAAUCCCGGUGGGAAGGAGGCUGUCACCAGGUUCAAACUCAAUCCCGGUGGGUACGAGGCUGUCACCAGGUUCAAACUCAAUCCCGGUGGGUCCGAGGCUGUCACCAGGUUCAAACCCAAGCCCGGUGGGAACGAGGCUGUCACCAGGUUCAAACCCAAGCCUAGUGGGUACAAGGCUGUCACCAGGUUCAAACCCAAUCCCGGUGGUAACAAGGCAGUCACCAGGUUCAAACCCAAGCCUGGUGAGUAUGGGGCUGUCACCAGGUUCAAACUCAAGCCUGGUGGGAACGAGGCUGUCACCAGGUUCAAACCCAAUCCCGGUGGAAACAAGGCAGUCACCAGGUUCAAACCCAAGCCUGGUGGGUACGAGGCUGUCACCAGGUUCAAACCCAAGCCUGGUGGGAACAAGGCUGUCACCAGGUUCAAACCCAAGCCUGAUGGGUAUGAGGCUGUCACCAGGUUCAAACCCAAGCCUGGUGGGUACGAGGCUGUCACCAGGUUUAAACCCAAGCCUGGUGGGUAUGAGGCUGUCACCAGGUUCAAACCCAAGCCUGGUGGGUAUGAGGCUGUCACCAGGUUUAAACCCAAGCCUGUUGGGUAUGAGGCUGUCACCAGGUUCAAACCCAAUCCCGGUGGGAACGAGGCAGUCACCAGGUUCAAACCCAAGCCUGAUGGGAACGAGGCAGUCACCAGGUUCAAACCCAAUCCCGGUGGGAACGAGGCAGUCACCAGGUUCAAACCCAAGCCUGGUGGGUACGAGGCAGUCACCAGGUUCAAACUCAAGCCUGGUGGGUAUGAGGCUGUCACCAGGUUUAAACCCAAGCCUGGUGGGUACGAGGCUGUCACCAGGUUCAAACCCAAGCCUGGUGGGUAUGAGGCUGUCACCAGGUUCAAACCCAAGCCUGGUGGGUAUGAGGCUGUCACCAGGUUCAAACCCAAGCCUGGUGGGUAUGAGGCUGUCACCAGGUUCAAACCCAAGCCUGGUUGGUAUGAGGCUGUCACCAGGUUCAAACCCAAGCCUGGUGGGUAUGAGGCUGUCACCAGGUUCAAACCCAAGCCUGGUGGGUAUGAGGCUGGCACCAGGUUCAAACCCAAUCCCGGUGGGAACGAGGCUGUCACCAGGUUCAAACCCAAGCCUGGUGGGUAUGAUGCUGUCACCAGGUUCAAACCCAAGCCUGGUGGGUACGAGGCGGUCACCAGGCUUAAACCCAAGCCUGGUGGGUACGAGGCUGUCACCAGGUUUAAACCCAAGCCUGGUGGGUAUGAGGCUGUCACCAGGUUCAAACCCAAGCCUGGUGGGUAUGAGGCUGUCACCAGGUUUAAACCCAAGCCUGGUGGGUAUGAGGCUGUCACCAGGUUCAAACCCAAUCCCAGUGGGAACAAGGCAGUCACCAGGUUUAAACCCAAGCCUGGUGGGUAUGAGGCUGUCACCAGGUUUAAACUCAAGUCUGGUGGGUAUGAGGCCGUCACCAGGUUCAAACCCAAGCCUGGUGGGUAUGAGGCUGUCACCAGGUUCAAACUCAAGUCUGGUGGGUACAAGGCUGUCACCAGGUUCAAACCCAAGCCUGGUGGGUACGAGGCUGUCACCAGGUUCAAACUCAAGCCUGGUGGGUAUGAGGCUGUCACCAGGUUCAAACUCAAGCCUGGUGGGUAUGAGGCUGUCACCAGGUUCAAACCCAAGCCUUGUGGGUACGAGGCUGUCACCAGGUUCAAACUCAAGCCUGGUCGGAACGAGGCUGUCACCAGGUUUAAACCCAAGUCUUGUUGGUACGAGGCUGUCACCAGGUUUAAACCCAAGCCUGGUGGGUAUGAGGCUGUCACCAGGUUCAAACCCACGCCUGGUGGGUACGAGGCUGUCACCAGGUUCAAACCCAAGCCUGGUGUGUACGAGGCUGUCACCAGGUUCAAACCCAAGCCUGGUGUGUACGAGGCUGUCACCAGGUUCAAACCCAAGCAAGAGUUAUUCUGCUAA